AUGUGGCAGGCUAAUAUAGAUAUGCAGCCUUGCGGUUCAAAUGAAUCCAUCGCGUAUUAUAUAGCAAAAUAUUUAUCAAAAUGCGAACCAACAGAUCUUGAUAGUGGAAUCGUACAAGCUAUUCAGCAAAUUAGACGAGAACAGUGUGACGUAUCUCGGAAACUCUUCAAAAUUUGCAUGAGAAUAAUGAAAGAGCGUCAAGUAUCCGCGUGUGAAUGUGUUUAUCGUCUAUGUCAUUUGCCUCUUCGAGAUAGCUCAAGAAAAACCGUAUUUGUUAACACUCGCAAACCACAACAACGUUAUAAGGUACUUAAAUUUAAUGAACAAGGCCAAGCUGUGGGAUACUGCGCCAAUAUCUUCGAAAGGUAUGAAAAACGUCCCAGAGAACAUCCUGAUUAUGAUUUCAAUAACAUGAGUUUAUUGGAGUUUGCUAUGUUGUUUGAACCCUAUUACAAAAAAACCAUUGAAAAUGAUGACGUUAACAUUGAUCAAGAUGCCUAUGAAGUGGAGCAACCCAAAAGAAAAUGUUUAAUAACACUUACAGAUAAUACGAAAGUUAUUAAAAGAGCUACACUCCUGCAUUUACUUAUGCAAUAUAUACCAUAUCGAGAUGAAGAAGAAUUGCUAAGAGGCUUUGGCACAGCUCGAGAUGCAUUUUUGACUUCUGAAGAUAGACUUAAAGAAAUAAGUGCUUAUAUGGAGCUUUAUCGCCGAAGAGACAAACAACUAGAAGAUGCAUUCAACCAAGUACAUGCUUUUCAGAUCCUUGAAGAAGUUCAGCCACUUCAGCCCGAUAAUGAAGAAGAAAUCGUUGAACAAGUAGAUGUUAUGAAUGAAAAUGAUUUUCAAACAGCAAAACAAGCCAUGAAUGCAGGUCAAAAAGAAAUAUAUUUUAUGGUGACUAAAAGUAUCCAAGAUCAAAUGAAUGGUAAAGAUGAAAGACUAAGAUUUUUUUUCACUGGUGGUGCUGGAGUAGGAAAAACUUUUCUUUUAAACUUAUUGAGAAAUCAAAUCAAUAGAUGUUAUGCAAAAGUUGCAGUUAAAGUAGCAGCUUUAACGGGUGUAGCAGCACGCUUGAUAAAUGGGUCUACUCUACAUUCUACACUUAGGCUUCCUGUUCAAAAAGAUGGUCGUAUCACUAAUAUGCCAUUGUUGACAGGAAACUAUUUACGGGUUAUGAGACAACAAUGGAAAGAUACAGAGUUCUUCAUUAUCGAUGAGAUUUCGAUGUUUUCAUAUCAGAUGUUAACAAUGAUCGACUCAAGGCUUCGACAAUUAAAGAAUAGGGAAAAUGAGUUCUUUGGCGGUAUCAAUGUGCUUUUAUUUGGCGACCUAUUGCAACUUCCUCCAAUCAAGACAUCAGGAACACCAGUGUAUAAACAGCCUGAACAUAUGCACCCUGCAACAAAUUUGUGGAGACUGUUUACGCUGUGUGAACUUACUGAAAAUAUGCGCCAACAAGGCGAUAACAGUUUUAUCGACAUCCUUAACGCAUUACGCGUUGGAGAACUAAAAGCAGAGCAUUUAUCGAAAUUGCUAGAAAAAGUUCUCGUGCAGCCAUCUGGAGAGUUUUCUAUAGAUGACAUAAUUUCUAUCGAUGUCAACAAAACUGGAGGCUUACCGAAAGAACUUCAAAUCUUUGUUGGUGCGAAAAUAAUGUUACGCUCUAAUAUUGAUAUCACGAAAGGAUUGGUCAAUGGUGCCAUUGGUUUUGUUACAGAAAUUAUCUGGCCUCAUUUUCGUCGUACUCAAAUUUAUGAGACAGACAUUCCAUCAGUCCGUGUUGAUUUUGGAAAAGAUGGAAUACAAGUCAUUCAACCUAAGACGAUACAGUUUCCAGCUAAAUUCAGUUACGGGACGGCAGAAAGACGAAUGCUUCCACUGAUUUUUUCAUGGGCAACAACAGUGCACAAAAUGCAAGGUAGCACUGUGGAAAACGCCGUCAUAUAUCUAGGACCAAAGUUAUUUGAAGAAGGGCAAACUUGUGUGGCUCUAAGUCGUGUGAAGUCUCUGAACGGUCUUAGAAUUGAAGAGCUAGAUUGCGCAAAAUUAACAGGAAAAAACCAUGUAACAAUGAGGCACUAUUAG